AUGGAUCACAAAUUUUGGGAGAGAGUAGCAACGAUUUUUUUUGCUUUCUUUGCUAUCAGAUUUCCCAAAGGAGUAGCUGUUAACGCAGCAGUUCCAGCAUUGUUUGCAUUUGGAGACUCAAUCCUUGACACGGGAAACAAUAACAACCUUGUAACGUUAACCAAGAGCAAUUAUCCUCCCUAUGGAAGGGACUUCGAAGGAGGAAGACCUACAGGAAGAUUUUGUAAUGGAAAAACUCCCACAGAUUUGAUAGCAACGGCGUUGGGAAUAAAAGAAUCAGUGCCAGCAUAUCUCAGUGGCAACUUGAGCCCUCAAGACCUCAUCACUGGGGUUUGCUUUGCUUCUGCUGGGUCUGGGAUUGAUGAUCGCACUUCUCAAAUACAGAGUCUAUAUGAUCUUGGAGUACGAAAAGUGUGGGUACUGAGUACAUUGCCACUGGGAUGCUUACCUGGAGGUAGAACUUUAGCAGGGGGACCAUUGAGAAUUUGUGCACCCAUUCCGAAUCUAGAAGCACAGACAUUCAAUGGCCAGUUAUCAUCCGCAGUUGAUUCUAUCAGAGCCAGCCUUACAAAUUACGACAUUAGAUUCAUCGAUGUCUAUACUCCUUUCCUGAAUCUCAUAAAUAAUCCUCAGCCAUCAGGGUUUACUGACGUAGCAGAAGGGUGUUGUGGGAGUGGUUCAUUCGGAUCUUCAUUGCCGUGUACCCUUCUCAGUGUGUGUCCAAAUCCUGCGACUUACAUUUUCUGGGAUUUGGCCCAUCCAACUGAGAGAGCUUAUCAGCUUGUGGUACUCGUGGAAAUUGUGCAUGGUCGUUCCCUUCUGAUAUGUAUUUGUGAGCAUGCACCAUUUACAACGAAGAACAUUUUGUGUCCAUCAACAGCUAAGAUGGAUGCAGAUAUCAUCGUCAACAACUUAAAACCCGCAUGGAGGAUAUUUAACUACAAAUAUUGUUUGAGAAUGAAGAGAGCAUUCUUCUUAGCAUCGUGGAAUUACAAAGAAAAACCAUUUUAA